GGAAAACGCUCCUCUUAUUCGCUUUUUCAUUCCGCAUUCUCAUUGCUCACAGAUUCAGAUUGUGAGGAGCAUUAUUGAACUGAUAAUGCAUCCAGAGGACCCAGCCUCUGCCAAUGUGUUAUGCUCUGGUUAUAAUAGGAGUUGGUUCACCAGACUGAAGGAGGAAUAUCUAUAAAGAAGAAUAGAGGAAAACUCUGUUGUCAAUCAUGAAAAACAGCAAUUUGCCCAAGUUCUGCCUCGCUGUAAUCCUAUAGAGUCAACAUCGCCGCUAUUUGACAACACUUCUUUUACUAAAUAAUGUAUCAUGGAAUAAUUGCAAUUUGUUCAAAUUUGGCUAUGCUAUAGUACUGCAACACUACUAUAGCAGCUAUUUGACAACACUUAGUAAAAUGAUUGUUCCAUGCUACAAAUUCCUUGGUGAUGAUUUUUUUUUCAGUGGCUUUUGAGGAAUUCAAUAGUCCUGGUCCUGGCCUCUCCUCACCACACUUUCUGAUUUCAAAAAUCUUUCUUUCUGUCAAUUAACCUGUCCUUAUAUGGCUGCAGCCUAACUAACUAUUAAUAGCUACUCAGUAUCUCAUUCAAUUGCAUUGAGUUAGAUGCUCCCCCUUUCCUUCCGAACAGAGCAGAGUCUAUCUUAACUACUGGUUUGCUAUCAAUAUGCAGAGCACAUGUUCAAGCCCUAAUGUGGACCUGCUAUCCUGUGCAUCUUGGUGUCUUCUGUUGAGUAGGGUUGGGGAUGAUUUUAUGGUUUACCUACUAAAGAAUACAUCAAUAUUCUUGCCAGCUUCCCAUGGAAAACACUACCAGGUGGGAGGUCCUCCAAUCAGCCGUCUAUGCUUUGAUAUGUUGAACAAGUGUUCAUCAAAAUUUGACAAUCAGCAUUCUUCACUUCAUAAAUGCGAAGCACAAAAGAGAAAAAGAUCUGCUGAUGUUGAUGACACAACAGUACGAAAUCAAAAGCGCCGUAUUUCUUGCAAUGCCAAUGGCCCUGUUGGCUUUGCAAGUAAUCUAGGUUUGACGGAUGAGUCUUCAAUGCAAUUGAGUAUGUAUCAUGGGAGCCGGAGUUAUGAUGUCAGUGCCUCUGAAGCUCCUAAGACUACUAGAGCUGCUAAUGUUGUAAAGAAGUCAGAGUCAGAAGGGAAAUCAGACUUGAAUUGUGUUACAACUAGGACUGGGAAGCGAUCUAGGCCAUGCAGUUGGAAGAGGCGUAAAUGCAAAAGGCAGAAGCAAUCAACCUCCGAAGAAGAUAAUCUAAAUAUUCAAUGCAAUUUGACUCCUACUAAUACAGAUGGCAUGCUUGCUAAUCUACAGCAUGACAACACCAGGCUAAGCUGCCAUGAAAAGCUGCAGAUGUUGCAGAAAUGUUCUUGCUGUGUAAUCUUACAUUCUCUUCCAACUGUUCCCAAGUGUACUGAUAUCAAUAGGAAGUACAUCUUUUAUAAUCUGGAGUCUUCACUCUCAGUUCUUCCGAAGAAACAUAUUUUACAUUCCUUAAAGCCAAAUUUGGCUUCUUCCAAAUAUCUCAUUGGCAAUAUUUUUGGCUUCUCAGAUGUAAAUGAUGGUGCUCAGCCAAUGCCAUGUUCCCACAGCAGUGGUUCAUGUCUCAUUGACUCUGCAUGCCUGUAUCACUCUCUUGUGAAAUGGUUUAAGAAUGUCAUCCGUAGGGCACGGUGUUGCCAGCCUGCCAAGUUCUUGGAUAAGCAUUGUGUUGUUCAAUCAUUGGAUCAACAUACAGAUGAAAUAUCUUCCUCCAGACUUGAGGGCUAUGUAUCUGAGAUAAAUGCAAAUAAGAAAUCUCAGGAGUUUGGUACUCAACAUUGCGCAGAUAAUGUGGAAGUAAUAGAUUCGCAGCGAGAGGCAGUUAAGUCAAGCUGCUCAAAAAGUCAAGUAGUAUCUUUCAUAUGGGCUGUUUCUCGGAGUUUACUUCCUUCUGAAUUACUAGGUACUCCUUCCAAUUGGAGAAUAAUGAGAAGAAACAUAUCGAAGUUCAUACAGUUACGGAAAUUUGAAAAAUUCCCUUUAAAGCUAUGUUUGCAUGAACUAAAAAUAUCAAGGUUUCCGUUCCUGUCAAAUAAGUAUUUCUUGAGUAGUCAAAAUGCCGGGAUUUUUAAAUAUUUAGAAGAACAUGAUAAAGUUCUGCAUAAAGAAUUCAGAAAAUUGAACAGUGAUGUGCAAGGUGUCAAACGUAAGCUUCUGGAGAAAUGGAUCUUCUGGUAUUAUUCUUUUCUGGUUGUGCCUUUGGUGCAAGCAAACUUCUAUGUUACUGAAAGUGAGCAUAGGAAACAAGACAUUUACUAUUAUAAAAAACCAAUUUGGGAGAAGUUGAUUAAAACCACUAUUGCUUAUCUCAAAGACUCUAGCUAUAGUCACUUGGAUGAUGUGGCCUUGCAUAAUAUUCUUAGGAGGAGACCUUUUGGAUUUUCAAAGCUCAGACUUCAACCUAAAGAAAAUGGAGUAAGGAUGGUGGCAAAUCUUAAAGGUUCUUCAAGAUUUCCAUUGGUUGAGUCCACUAUGGGAGUUCCAUAUUGCAAAACUGAAAGGAAAGAAAAACAUCAGAAGAUUAAGUUUGAAUAUUACCGAUCUGUGAAUUAUGUUCUUCGUGAUGCCCAUACUAUUCUUAAAGGAAUUCAGUUCAAGGAGCCUCAGAGGCUAGGUUCUUCAGUAUUUGAUUACAAUGAUGUUUAUAGAAGACUUUGCCCAUUUUUGGUUAGCCAGAAGAAGGGAUUGACACCUAUGUCUUCUUUAUUCAUUGUUACCUCUGAUGUUUUGAAAGCAUUUGAUUCUGUUGAUCAGGAGAAGCUGCUUGACAUAAUGAAAGAUGUUCUUUGGAAAAAUAAAUAUUUUCUCAAACAGUAUGAUCAAGUUAUUUGCACAAAGAAAUCUUUGUGGGUUCAAAAGCAAUUUACUAUGCUAGACGAAACAAGCAACUCUGGCCAUACACAGUUCAGAUCGUUUACUUCAUCCCGGCAUGGUGUUUUUGUUAAUCAGGAGCGGCAGAGGAAUGUGACAAAGAAAUUGUUAUUAUCAUAUCUAACAGAGCAUGUGAAGCACAAUGUGUUGCAGUUUGAUGGAAAAUUUUACUUGCAAGGUGUUGGUAUAUCCCAGGGAGGAAUUUUGUCAUCUUUGCUUUGCUCCUUGUAUUACGGGCAUUUGGAGAAGAAUGUAAUAUUUCCAUUUUUUGAAAAGACAAUUGAAUCUGGCAAUUGCAAGGAGAAUAAUUCUGUCCAAACCAUUAGUGGUGACUCAUCACCGUGUUAUCUGCUAAUGCGAUUUAUUGAUGACUUCUUUUUCAUAUCAAACUCAAAGAAGCAGGCUGCCAGCUUUUUCUCCAGGAUGAAAAGAGGGUUUCGUGGUUACAACUGCUACAUGAAUGAAAAAAAGUUUGGUGCAAACUUUGAUGUAGAACAGACGCCAGAUUCCUCAUUGAACAGGGUUUAUGUGGGGAAAGACAGUGCUACUUCAUUUGUUCCAUGGAGCGGUCUUCUUAUCAAUUGCUCCACUAUGGAAAUUCAGGCUGAUUACACAAAGUACUUAAAUAACCAUUUAAGCUCGACGCUCACUGUUUGCUGGCAAGACAAACCAGGCACUCGUCUAAAGGAGAAGUUGCGUCUCUUUCUAAGACCUAAAUGCCAUCCUUUGUUCUUCGAUUCAAAUAUCAAUUCAGCAGAAGUUGUCAGAUUAAAUAUUUAUCAAAUGUUUCUGAUAUGUGCAAUGAAGUUUCAUUGUUACAUCCGUGACCUAUCAUUUAUUUGCAAAUUUCACAAAAGAUAUUGUUCGGACAUUAUUCAGAAAUCUUUAAGAUACAUGCACAUGCUGAUUAAGAGAAGAAUGCAUUCCAUGCGUCUGAAUUCUAGUAUCCAACCAAUUCUCAAAUUGAAGAAGGGAGAAGUUGAAUGGCUUGGAUUUCAUGCUUUUAUACAAGUGUUAAAGAGAAAGGAAUCACAUCAUAAGAAGUUGCUUGCAGUUUUGAAGUCAAAGUUGCUGUCACAUAGAAUUUCUGGGACUGUGUCACCUGAACUGAAGUUUGCCGUUGAUGCCGAAAAUUCUUCUUUGCUGUGGAAAAUCAAGUAUUAGUUCCUAUAAAGUAAGUUGUGAUGAUCAAACUAGUUAUUUCAUAUGAAUCUUUUUUGAGCUCUUGGCUUUGUAUGAUGUAAGUGUAAAUGCGGUAUCAAGUUGAACUGUGGAAGAAAAAACAUUGAAGACUGAAAAAUAGAUUUGAAUGAGGUAUAGUCAGUCUAGUGAAUGCUGAAAGCUUGCGCGUUUUACCUUUUGUUUUGAAUUGCAUAUCAAAUGCAGAUAUUUCUACCAUCUUGUUGUGUAUGUAAUAUUCUAAAC